AUGCCUCGACCCCACAGCUACUGGUGCACAAUAUGUGCCAGAUCUUUCCCUUCUCGCCGCAACUUUGCUGUACACAACUCCCGUCAACACAAGCACCCCAAGGCUGGCCUACCGAGGUUGACCUUCCGGUAUCAUCCUCAUAUCAACGGCCGACCUUGCAACUCGGAAGGUCACUUCCUUCCUCCUGGUGCACCCCCUCCGGAACCAGAGCCUAUCAACUCAUAUGCGCCGUUUGAGAAUCGGCCGGCGUUCCAGUUCGCCGAACUCAUCUUCAAAAAGAUACAAGCAUCGCAAGGUAACAUCAACGACCUACUGAGGAGUCUAGCCGCAUACAAUGUCACGCAAGGUGGCAGCGACCCGCCGUUCGAGGAUGCUGCAGAGCUCUACGAGACGAUCGAUGCCAUUCCGUACGGCGACGCGCCAUGGACGACAUUCACUGUUCAAUACUCUGGACCUGUCGACGAGGAGUCGCCGUCCUGGAAGCGCACCGAAUACGUCGUCCACUGUCGCAACUCCCGACAGGUCGCUCACAACAUGAUCGGAAACGAAGACUUCACUGGGCAAUUCGAUACGACUCCGUAUCAGGAGUACAUCACACCCGGUAAAGUAUCGUUCUCGAACACGAUGUCAGGGCAGUGGGCGUAUAGACAGGCUAUCGCGCAGGAUCCGGAAACUCAUGGGUCAAUGCUGACACCUGUCAUCCUCGGCGCUGACAAGACCACUGUAUCUGUCGGCACUGGCAACUCAGAGUUCCACCCGCUAUACAUGUCAAUCGGUAAUGUACAUAAUGCGGUCAGGCGCGCUCACAAGGACGCGAUCAUCCCGAUUGCGUUCCUAGCGAUACCGAAGGCGGCACGAGGCAAGGCCGAGACUGAUGAGUUUCGAACGUUCCGCAAACAAUUGUACCACGCCUCAAUCGCACACAUCAUGUCGCCGCUGCGACCUUACAUGGAGACCCACGACGUUGUACGCUGCCCCGACGGACACUUCCGGCGAACAAUAUACGAGCUCGGGCCGUUUAUUGCGGACUAUCCCGAGCAAGUUCUCCUCGCAGGCAUAGUGACAGGGUGGUGCCCGAAAUGUCUCCUUCCACCCGAAGAUCUACAUAAAGCCGGAGGAGAGCCGCGCUGUCUCGAGCACACCGUGGAGCUUAUCAGAACAUUCGAUGCUGACGAAGCCUGGGUCGCAUGGGGAGUCGAUGCAAACAUCAUUCCGUUCACGACCUACUUCCCCCGCGCCGACAUCUAUGAGCUCAUUACCCCCGAUCUGCUCCAUCAGCUCAUCAAGGGGACAUUCAAGGACCACCUCGUCGACUGGGUGGAGCAGUACCUGUACCUUGUGCAUCCCAAGGCCGAGGCUCGUCGAAGAAUGGACGACAUUGAUCGCAGGCGAGACUCCGCGCCUCAAUUUCCGGGGCUUCGUCGGUUUCCCGAGGGCCGGAACUUCAAGCAGUGGACUGGGAACGACUCGAAGGCGCUAAUGAAAGUCUACCUUCCAGCGAUACGGGGGCACGUGCCGGACGACAUGGUUCGCUGCUUUGCGGCUUACCUCGACUUCUGUUACUUAGCAAGACGAUCUACUCACGACGACAGUUCACUCGCGGAGAUGCAAGAGGCAUUAGACCGCUUCCACAGACAUCGCGUCGUCUUCGAGACCGUAGGUGUACGCCCCGAGGGUUUCUCACUCCCGCGACAGCAUGCUCUCGUCCACUACAUCGCUAACAUCCGACUCUUUGGUUCUCCGAAUGGCAUUUGCUCGUCAAUCACCGAGUCCAAACACAUCCGCGCAGUCAAGCAGCCGUGGCAACGGUCAAGUAGGAAUAACCCGUUGCCCGAGAUGCUUCGCACCAACCAACGGCUCGACAAGCUCAGUGCCGCACGGUCGAUCUUCGCCAACCGCCACAUGCUUGACGGUGAUGUCCUCGCAGAUGCAAUGAACUUGGGGCCAUUCGUAACGGAAGACGUGUUCCUUUCGGACGACAACGAGCCUGAGGAUGAGGUGAUGGAUGUCAAUGGCUAUGACCUCGCCGCGGAAUAUCAGCGACCCGAUCUUAUGGUUUUGGUUCGCCGAUUCCUAUUUGAUCAACUGCAUGCUACGGACGAAGUCGACUCGAGCACGGUGGACCUGUCGGAGUGUCCAAGAUUCCUCGGGAAGAUCGCCGUGUAUCGGACAGCACAUGCAAUGUUCUUCGCCCCGAGCGAGCUCUCCGGUGAUCGUGGCAUGCACCGGGAGCUGAUUCGAUGCAAUCAUUCUUGGCGCGGCCACCCUCGUUACGACACCGUUCUCAUCAGCAUCGACGCGGACGAGCCCAGCAUGAAAGGCAUGGCUGUCGGCCGUGUCAUGGGGCUGAUGACAAUCCCAUACAGUGGUGAACGCUACCCGUGCGCACUGAUCGAUUGGUUCGAGGUCUCGGACGAUCCGGACGACGUGACGGGUAUGUACGUUGUUCAGCCCGAGCUAGACAAUGGACAGCAGGUAUCAUCUAUUGUACAUCUAGACAGUGUGUUUCGUGCUGUCCAUCUUAUGCCAGUAUAUGGGGAUGUUUCUAUGCCAAUUGACUUCCAUUUUUCGUAUACCCUUGAUGCUUUUGAAUCAUUCUAUGUCAAUAAUUACAGCGACUAUCAUUCACAUGAAUCUAUAUUCUAG